CUGGCACUUUUCUGGCUGAGCUCCCAAAAGGGGUACUUGGGGCAUUUAUUCAGAGUCAAUAACUUGAAAAAGGGUAAAUAAAAGGUGACUCUUUAAUUAAAGAAUCCUUCAGUAUCAUACUGAACUUUGCAGAAGAGUUUGUAAAAGGUACAGAGUGAAGUAUUAAAGGAAAAUGCUAGCAAGAAGAGGAGCAUUGACUAUUUUGAUGCAUAUCCUUAGUAGACUUAUUCAAAGCUAUUUAUUGAUUGAUUUUUAGAAUAGGAGAAGCAAUUGUAACUGAGAGAAAUAGGUUAUUUCUAGUAUAAAUGAAAAUGGGGGUUUCAUUGUUUAUAGGAAAGGGGGAAGAGAACAGAUAUUUAACACAUUUAAUGGCAUAGAGGGCACUAAUAAAUAUUUUAGAAAUAGUAUCUCAGUGAAAUAGAUCACAAUUCAUGAAGGAUAGUCUUUUACUUUAUACAAAAAGGCAUUUUUCUUUUUUUUUUUCCCCCCCAGGAAUAUUGGAAUGUCAAAGAGAUCUUUUCUAUGAUUUCCUAGAAAAACAAAACUACUUAUAAGCUGAGAGAGAGGAUGAUAAGCAGCAGCAAUGGGUCCCAACUUAUAGCUGUAGAGCUGUGUUAUGAAAACACUAAUGGGUCCUGCAUUAAAACCUCCUACUCCCCUGGACCCCGAGUCAUCCUCUACCUGGCUUUUGGCUCAGGGGCUCUUCUGGCUAUUUUGGGAAAUCUUCUAGUCAUGAUUUCAAUCCUUCACUUCAAGCAGCUGCACUCUCCAGCCAAUUUUCUCACAGCCUCCUUGGCUUGUGCUGACUUUUUGGUGGGAGUCACUGUGAUGCCCUUCAGCAUGGUGAGGUCUGUGGAGAGUUGCUGGUACUUUGGGGAAAAUUACUGUAAACUUCACUCUUGUUUUGAUGUAUCUUUUUGUUAUUCUUCCAUUUUUCACUUGUGCUUCAUAUCCAUUGAUAGAUACAUUGCUGUCACCGACCCCCUGGGCUAUCCAACCAAAUUCACUCGGAUGGUUUCAGGAAUAUGCAUCCUAUUCUCCUGGUUCCUUGCUGUUACAUUUAGUUUUUCAGUUCUUUACACAGGUGUCAGUGCUGAUGGGCUGAAAGAAUUAGUAAGUGCCCUCACCUGUGUGGGAGGUUGUCAGGUUGCUGUGAAUCAAAACUGGGUACUGAUAAAUUUUCUGUUGUUCUUCAUUCCCACUCUGGUUAUGGUCAUUCUUUACUGUAAGAUUUUUCUAGUAGCUAAACAGCAGGCUAGAAAGAUCGAAAGUAUGAACAAAACUCAGUCUUCUUCAGAGAGUUACAAAGCCAGAGUGUCCAAGAGGGAGAGAAAAGCAGCCAAAACCCUGGGCAUUGCAGUGAUUGCAUUUCUGAUUUCAUGGUUGCCAUACUGUAUUGAAUCAAUAAUUGAUGCAUUCCUAGGGUUCAUCACCCCAACAUAUAUUUAUGAAAUUUUAACUUGGUUUGCCUAUUAUAAUUCAGCUAUGAAUCCUCUGAUUUAUGCUUUCUUUUAUCCUUGGUUUCGAAGAGCAAUUAAAUUGAUUGUUUCUGGGAGUCUUCAGAGGUCACUCUUCAACAAUAGAUUUGUUUUCUGA